GUCAUGACGUCAGUUGAAAGAGGGCGCCUCGCUGCUGGCGGCGAGUUUAAAGAGUCCCGACUGGAAAGAGCGGCAUCCAUCCCCGCAGUUUAAGGCGCCAGAGAAGAUGUCCAGCGACAGCAUGCCCUUGCGGGAUCUGCCACGCGCGGGCCUCCAAAGCCACGCGCUGUCUCAGUCCGCCAGGCUGCACAACAAGCGCAAGUCCAGAGGCCACCUGAGCCAAGGCCUGGACACCGAGUGCACCCCAACAGAGCUCAUCCAGCAGUGGUCCCCCCCACAGAAGCACCAGAGAACCGCCUGCAAGGGCAAGGAGAACGACCAGCACACGUUUGUCCUCGCCAGGAGACCCAGGAGAAAGAAAGACUUCAGAGGAGGCAUUUCAUGGGAUCAUCUGCCAGACGAGCUGCUGCUCAGGAUCUACUUCUACCUUCCUCUUCAGGACCUCCUUCGAGUCUCUUUAGUCUGUAAACGCUGGCAUCGUUUGGCGUUUGACGAGUCUCUGUGGCAGAGCGUGGAUCUGCAGGGUCUGACCAACAUGGGUCCAGCUCUGCAGCAGGUGCUGAGGACCGGAGUCCGCCGCCUGCGCUGCCCGCGCGCCUUCGUCGAGGAGCAGCAGUUUGCAGGAACAGAACCUCUGCAGCUGCUGGACAUGGACCUGUCCAGUUCCAUCAUCCCCAUUUCAGCUCUUGAGAGCAUCACCUGCCGCUGUCUCCGCCUGGAGCGAUUGAGCCUGGAGGGUCUGCAGCUCUCAGACAACAUCAUCAGGAGUCUUGGGAACAACGUCGGCCUGCAGCAGCUGAACCUGAGCGGCUGCUCCGGCUUCUCUGCUUCUGUUCUGGCUGACAUGCUCAAGUCCUGCUGCAGGAUAGAGCAGCUAAACAUUUCAUGGUGCGGCUUCAACAAGGACCACGUGAAAAGUGUUGUUAGUAAUGUCAGCCCCAGAGUCGUCAGCCUGAACAUCAGCGGGUACAGAGAGAGCCUCACGUUAGACGAUGUAAAGAUCCUGGUUGACAGAUGUCCUGAAGUUCAACACCUGGAUUUGAGUGACAGCACCCUGCUGAUGGCUGACAGCUUCCUGGUUCUCAAACAGCUGAAGGAUCUGCAGCACCUGUCCCUGAGUCGCUGCUAUCACAUUCACCUGGCUGCUCUCACGGAUCUGGGACAGACGCUGCCCUCUCUGCGCCUGCUGGACGUCUUCGGCCUCGUGCAGGACAACCAGCUGCCGUCUCUGAAGAAGGAGAUGCCUCACGUCAGCAUCAACUCCAUGCCUUUCUCUAGUGUGGCUCGCCCUACGCCCGCCAGCAAACUCCCGGGGUCCCACGGCGACCGCAGCAUGUGGAACAGGAAGUGCCGCCUCAGCUUCCAGCUCUGACCGCGGACUCAGUCCUGUUUUGUUUUUUUAAAGGGACAGUUUGAGCUGCAGAGCAGGAUCUACAUGUCAGUUCUAGACGAGGCUUUAAUCUCUCUGGUACCAAUGACCCAUCAGUCCUCGAUGCUAUGUUGGCAAACUCAAAGAGAAUUGUGUCAUUUAGAAAACAUUUGAAGGUUUAGCCACGUGUAGUAAGUUUGAAAGCAUUUUAAAUCUGUUGAAUGUUCUAAUAAUGUUAGAACUUUUAAAAGGACGACACUCGGAUCAAGGCAUGACCGGAAAAUGCUUUUGUUCUUUGCUGCUGUUUGAAAGGAAUCGGUGAGCGGUUUUCCUUUUGCUGUCAAAUGUCUGGCUUUAGUUGGUGCUGAAAGCAGUGUUAUGUCAUUGUUGGAUGAUGGGAGGAGCCUUGUUUGUGGUUCCAAUUCCCUAAGGCUGUUAUUUUUUUUUUAUGCCUCUGUUCUAAGUCAGCAUUUAAUGAUCCUUUUUAAUGGAUUUUACCUUCAGCGAUUGUUGGUUAUCUGUUCUCAUGUGUUUGCUUUUAGAGUCUGAAGCACAGGAACCGAACAGCCAAUGAUGCUGCAGGAGGAUUUCACAAAGGUUAUAUUUUUGUAGUAAUCAGACUGAUAUCUCUAAUGCUCAUUCAUGAUGACUCAAAGGUUUGGAAUGCAAAUGAACUACCCAUUAAAAUCCCUUUUCUUAC